GAAAAAUUGUUGAAAAAGUAUAUCAGGGAAGUGUGGUAUCGAUAUCAGAGAAAAGUAGUACGUAUCAGAGAAAGGUGAUGUUGAGAAAAGAGGGAAGAAUAGUGUUUGGAAAGAAUGGUGCUGCGAAGGAUGAUGUUGAGAUAGA